AGAGAGUGCCAACGUUCGCCUGGCAUGUCUCGAGUCGACUGACUUGAAACAUGCUCGUAGCUCCGAUUGUUGUACACGCGGACGGGGACGGGUUGCUUUACGGUGGUUCUAGAAUCUAGCUGUGUAUCACCGGCAAUUGGUAUGAUCUCGAUGCCGACGGAUUGAUUGGUACAAUAAAAAAGUGAGUUCGCGAAAGGAAAGAGUGGCAUGCAGUAAUAUUAUUCAAGUAUCUGGAAUUCUUUACCAAGGGGUGGAUCAUGUAUUAUGUGUAAAUGAAGUUUGACUCCAGUUUCCCGAGGAUGAGUAGGGAAAGUGCGUUUUGAAAUUCGUGCACAUGUUUGCAGUAAAUAUCAAGUCCUCAAGUUUAAUGUUAAAUACAAAAGUUAAGAUAAAGAAGGAAGAUUCAAAAGUGCCGCUAACGCUCUAUGUCCGAUCAAAAAUUGUGAGUCUGCGUACUAGACUAGGUUUGAUGGAGGGCUGACCUUGAAAUUGAGUAUCUUUGGUGUUAAAGGCUGUAACCCCGAAAUCUACAUCCAAGUUGACCAGCUUGCUUCAACUGUCAAGGAGAAUCACUAGGAAAAGAAGAGAAAAAUGUGAAGUGCGAAGUGUGCUUUUUUUAACGGCAGGUGCAUUCGAGAUCUGACAAGUGUCUUAUAGUGUGUGCCUUCUACAUUUUUAUUAAUAAUAAGUGUCAUCAGUUGUUCGGUGUUGAUUCUAUGCGAGCUCCUCGGCUAGCAUGUUAACGGUGGAAUUCCGCCCAAGAGGAAUCUGAAGGCGGGGACUCUGACGUCACUUCGCUCAUGAUAAUGAGUUGACCAGUGACAGUUUUGGAUGAAUUUAGAGUGCAGUGAAAUAUGCCAAGGAGACGGAAUGGGGAGAUACCGCUUCCGGAAGGGUGGGAUGUCGCACAAGACUUUGAUGGAAAGGUAUACUUCAUUGACCACAACACAAGGAAAACAACAUGGAUCGAUCCUAGAGAUAGAUUCACAAAACCCCAGACCUUCGCAGAUUGCAUCGGCAACGAACUUCCACUCGGCUGGGAGGAGGCUUACGACAAACAUGUGGGCGCUUACUAUAUCAAUCAUGUCAAUCAGACGACACAACUUGAAGAUCCGAGGCAAGAAUGGCGCGCCAUUCAGGAAGCCAUGCUCCGGGAGUAUUUACAAACCGCACAGGACGUUCUUGAGGCGAAGAAGGAAAUCUAUGACGUUAAGCAGCAAAGAUUGUGUCUAGCCCAAGAUGAAUACAAUCACUUAAACAAUGCCCUAAAUACACUCGGCGCCUCUCGAACCAGUUUGUGUUCUAGUUCGAGUUCACUGAGCACCAAAUACGAUCCAGAUUUGCUCAAAUCGGAUGUGGCGCUCGCAAGAAGUCGAGUUUCGAGACUGAAAAGAGAACUAGAGCAGAUUCGAGCAGAGAUGAAUUGCACGCAACGUGGAGUCGACACCUUGACGAGCGUUGAACAAAAGCUCAGUACGUACAAUGGUGGUUGUUAUAAUAUUACGGAGGCGCAAGCAAUCAUGACGGAACUGAGGAACAUUCAAAAGUCUUUGAGUUCAGGAGAAAAAGAAAAGGCUGAGUUGAUGCAGUCACUUGCUCAAUUGAAGGAUGAGUUAACGAGGUUGCAGUUGUGUGAGGGUAGUCCCGAUGCGAGUACACUAAGUCUGCCUCAAGAAAAAUUGAGCACAGCCUCUCAAACCGACCUUUCGGGUGAACUCGUACCUAUUGGAACAAGAUUAGCCGAGAUGGCUCGUAUGCGAUUGCAGUACGACGAGGCACGCAAGCGAAUUCAACACAUACAACAACAACUGGCUGACUUGGAAGAAAAGGUGACUCCAGGGCAAACUGAAAGUGAUAAGGACAAGCUAAUAUUGUUCCAAGAGAAGGAGCAGCUUCUUAGAGAACUUAGAAGCAUCACGCCGCGGACCAGAACUCAACAGGAUAUGAUCAAGAUCCAGUGCGAGAUAAAACGUCUGGAGCAAGAUCUGAACAAUGCCCUGGAGCUCUCGAAUAAAACAAUCACAGAUCGUGUUAGACUUCACGAGGAGAAGAACCUGCUGCUGCAACAAUUAAGAGAUGCUUUGCGAUCUAUGGCUAUGCUUGAGGGUCAAUUAAAAACUCUUAGUGCAAGCACUUUGUCAGUUAGUAGUAGUUCCAGUCUUGGUAGUUUGAGUACAACAAGUAGCAAGGGUUCUCUUAGUUCUGGGCUGAGUUUCACUGACAUCUACGGCGGUCCGCAAUGUCUCGGACCAGCUCAGCAGGAAAGACUAGUUGAUAUGGUAGACGUUCACAGGAGGGCAGAAAGAUUACUCAAAGGAUCAGAUACCAACCCAGGAAACUUUGGCACUCCAUCGCCCGGUAGAUCACAGCCUAGCCUUUCACCGAGGUCCAGUUUAUCAAGUGUAAGUCCACCGGUGUCUCCACUUUAUGAAAAUGCACCAAUGGGUCCUCCUCCAGCAUAUGAACAAAUAGAGAUGCAAAGAAGGCAACAGCAAAGGUUGUGUGUCUCUUCUGCUGCCUCGCAGCAGUUUGACCGCAACCAACUGGAAGACAAGCUUGCAGAACUGCGCUUAAGCCAGCAAACUAUUCAAGAAAUUUCGGUUAGUUCCGAGCAAUUAAAAAUUAGCCCACAACCUCAUGUAGAAAUGCUGUCUGGAAACAUGUCGCAAGGAAGUGGUCUCGGAAGGCCGGCACUGUCCUUGCCUCAAGAACCUCCCCUUUCGCCAAUUAGCGAGACACCACCAUCCAUAGGCAUCAGAUCUAGAGCCAGUAGUUCUGGAACUAAUACAAGGUCUGUUUCUGCAGCAGUGUCUGACGAAAGUGUUGCCGGUGACUCUGGUGUUUUCGAAGUGUCGAACAGAAGACGACUGUCCGAACUGCUUGGCAUCGAUCCUCUGGUUCUUGGAGAUAUGAAUCUUGAAACUGCUCAAGUGCAAAUUAAGCUGAGGUAUUGUGUUAGUGACGGCCUUCUUCACAUCGGCAUUGAACGUGCAAGGAAUUUAGUUGCCCUCUUUAUCCCUGAAAAUUCACAAGUAUAUAUCAAAGCAGCUUUACUUCCGAUGCAGCCGCCUGUAAAUCAUAUGUGCUGUACGAAACUGGUUACUGAUUUGCGAAAGCCGACGUUUGGAGAAACAUUUCCCAUAGCAGUGCCGCUAAAUAAAUUAUACACGAAAACGUUACAAGUGAAUGUUUGGUGCAAUGGAGGAGAAUCUGAGGAGUGCUUGGGAUCGGCUCAAGUGUCUCUAGCAGAUUUCAGUCCCGAGACGCCAAGCGUAAAGUGGUAUAACAUACUCUCCUUCCGAUUUAUGCAACCUUCCACUCCAGAGUGCGCUAGCAGCAGCAUCAGUGUUUCCCCCGGUUCCAAGCAUGUGAAACACCAUAAACAAGAAUCUGAUAUAUCAAUGUAUCGAGGCGUUCAAUCUCAAAAUACAAAAGAAGAAAGCAGUGACGAGAGCACUAUUAUCAGCUCUCAGACUUCGACCUUGACGAGGAAUCAAGGAUGCGACGAGAUACAGACUGCGGUUUCUCUGAGGCUGGAGGAACUCGCAAAUUGCUUGAGAAGUCCAGAAGAAGAAGAUGAGUGUGGAGACAGCGAUAGCGGUAGCGAUGACAGUGAUGAGGAUGGAAUUAUUGUAGAGUUCAUCGAGGACAAUGUUCUCGAAGAUGUUUUGGAACAUGAGGAGGAAGACGAGGACCAACCCGAUCAAGCUAGUGAAACUCAGGACAAGGAAACCAAUACUGAGUGCAUCUUCAUCCCAGAACAAGGAAAGCACAGAAAGCUUUCUGCAGCUGGAAUUGUGCCUAUUAACGAUGAUAAAAAUUCCAUCGUCAUCAAGAGAAGUCAAACCUUCUCACCUAGCGCAGCAGUCAGCAGAAAUCAUUACAUCUGUCGGCUAAAUCGCAGCGACAGUGAUAGCAGUAUGCCGCUUUACCGAAGGGGUGGGCCGUUCCAGCGGAAUUCUGUUGAAAGACGAUCUCUUCGCUGGCGUCGUCCUUCAUCUGCCCUUAGUUGUAAGGCGACAUCAAAGAAGUCAAAUCAUCUACCACCCACCGCAAGAACAUCUUUAGAUCUUGAGCUCGAUCUUCAAGCUCAGCACGCCAGAUUAAAUAACCUCCAUGAUGAGUUAAAUAGACUGAGAGAUUUAAAACAGAGAUUGGAGCAAGCUCGUGAAAAGGGAGACACGGAUUUGGCGACGUGGUUGCUGGAGGAUCACAAAUUCCAGGUGUUAAUGGCACAAGCUGAAAGCGGAAAAAAUGGAAAAAGCGCCGAGGAUAAAAAAGUCGAGAAGAUGCUAAAAAAGACUUCAAAGGAGAUCUACAAAUUGAGAAAAACAAAGGCUGGAAAGGGGAAACCUGACAUUAUUUCUUUUAAAGAAAAGAUGGCGUUUUUCACUCGCGUAAACUUGAAUGUACCUGUACUUCCUCCCGAAGAGUCUCUGACUGAAUGGGCUGUUCCAGUUUCUUCUUCUACGGGAACAAUAUUGCACAGAAGGCAUUUCUCUGACCCAGCGAAUAGCCAAUCAGUUUUGGGCGCAGGAAAACUCGGCGUUCAUAAUUGUAGUGCACAAAAUUGCUUGCCAUCCAAUCCAGUUAGUGGAAGCAGUAGUAUAGGAAUUAAGAGUAUUGCGCAAAGUAGUGCAGUUUCGAAAAAAUUUACUUCCGCGGUUAGUAACGGAGAUGGGACAAUAGACGACACAACAACAGUAACGAACAAUGUGAAUAUUACGCGGAAUGCGAAAGGUAAGUCAUGUCCAACCGUUCUCGGGCCCGAAAGCAAUCAAAUCAUUGAAAGUUCUAAAUCUGACGAGCCCAGCGGUGAUGAGCCUAAGCGAUAUGAAUACGUUGUUGAUAGGGUUUUGGGCGUUGAAGUGUAACCGACGUCGAUGUGUUCAGGAAAAUUCUUACAGCGGAUAACACUGGUUAAAAAGAAAUAGAAUUGGGAAAGGUAAAUUCGAUAUUUAUAAAUGCAGGAUAAGUUAGCAAACGCUAUUAUUGUUCCUUAAUUUAUUAGUUUUUGUUGCUUCUUGAUCACAUAUAUGCAGUAGUAAAUAUUAUUUAACCCAGUAUUGGUUGUAUUACAAUUAUGAAAGCUCGAGUUUAAAAAGUUCUACAAAUUUGUAAAAAAAAGUGAAUACAUUUUAAUAUAUAAACAUGAUACGAGAUGGAACCUGUAGAUCUACAUAAUUAAAAAUGAGACUUUUAAGUCUUUAGCUGUAGAGAUUAUGUUAUCAAAUUCGGGUUAAAAAGCAUAAGAUUACUGCAAGAAAUACGAACAAUUUUUUACAUAUUUUUUAUGUUCUAUACCACGUCGUUAUUCGUAACUGCUGGAACUUUUGUAAUCAAAAUAAUAUAAAAUUUGUGUGCAUAGGAAAGCACAUGAUGUCCAAUCUCGAUGUCUAAACAAGUCUGAACAUCUUUUUUUAUCCUUUACUUCGAAACUAGGGUGCGGGAGACACCGAGCAGCUGGUCUGCAUUUCUAAAGACUAAUAAAGCCGUUACCCUGGUUCGGUAAGCAAUGUUUCUUAGCUUUACACUAAGAAGAAACUACUAUUUUCCAAAUAAAUCUAGAUCGUUUAAUGGUUUUAUUACUAUCGUCGAACUUCCAAGGCCCUGUGUUUACAAUGUUUAAGUAGGUGAUUGUUAUUCUUCCUCUAAAGAUAAGAAAACUUUUCAAGCGCUUUGAACAAUACGACAUACAGUCGGUUAAAUAAGAGCGUGGUCACUGUUGCGAGCACAACAAGACUGCUUCUAAGCGCGAAGCGUAUGCGGAACACAUUUUCGAAAAAUGCUCGGUUCGUAUUAAAAAGAACAGUCAGCUGAUUCUCUUUCAUAAAUCAUGAAGGACUAUACUGACCUCUAUGUGAAACAAAAUUACAGCAUUCGCAUUUACCGAUCGCUAGUAAUCGUGAUUAUGCUCUUAUUUAACCGACUGUAUAUCAUCUACCAAUUCAAUAAAGAAUAUAACAUUUGUAACAUUCUCGACACUAUCGGAAAGUUGGAACCUUUUUUAUACAAUAAUGUAAACUAAAACAGUGUCAUGGAAUUCCUAAUUUUCCUAGUCAUCAUGGUUAUAUUCAGUAAAAACGAAUUACUGAAACGAGCCUUCAAAACCUUCUCCUAUCAAAAAGUUAUGAUGAUAGUUAGGUACCGAUUACGUAUAUUUACUGCGGUCUAAAUUAUUUUCAGGAGAAUCGGGAAUUUCAGGAUGCAGAGCAACAGAGUAGGGGUUGUAUUUGAACGUAUAGGUUUCGCUUCCUGAAAAUACUCAGUCACGUUGUGUCUUAUGCUGUACGUGUCUUUUACCGGUAACAAUAAGUGAUCUUUAAGAACCAUUAAUUAUUUAGUUCCCGACAGUUAUAUAAGUGCCUAUACUUAGAGUCUGCUGAAAUAGAAAGAUGAACGAAAAUCUUGACUUGUAGUAUUUUUAGUAAAUUGCACAGAUAAAUGGAUAUGCUCGAAAAAUCUUGUUUAGAAAAUGUUAUCAGUCCGUCACACUUAAUUGCUUCAAGUAAUAACUUAUAUUCGGAUUAAAAACCGUAGAUGUAUGAUUAAUGGAAGGUAGGGGAGGGGGAAAUUCGUGGUAAACUGGAAUCAAUUAGUAAGCAAAGUGGUUGGGUGGGGAACUUAGGGGUAUUAUUAAAAUUAACUUAAAAAUAGUCUGUACAUAUGUUUGUACAUACGCAUCUAACGAUCAUGUUACAUUAUAAAUAUAAACGAACGAAGACAGAAUUAUAUGUAUAAAUAUAUGUAUAAAAUUUGUUCAGAAAUUAAUGAAAUCGAAGAAUUUACUAUUCAAAAAAUGGCGUAAAAUAUUGUAAAAACUGUUAAACUUUUCGUAAUAUUGCUUUUUUAAAAACUUCGCUACAUACUUCGAUUUAGAUAAUUUCUUAACACUAGAUAAUAUACAUAACAAUAUUUGUAAGCGCAUUAAGUUUGCGCUUGAUUUUAAAACAAUGAAGUUAAAUGAUACGCAAAAAUUAGUAAGACGUGUAUAAAGUUGUUGUCUAUGAACAUCCUAUUACUUAUGUAUUAUUAAUAUUACAUCAUGUAUUAAUGCAUUAUUGCAUAGCGUAUCGAUGUACCGGGCUAUAAAAACACACACACACAAUUUCGGAAAAGAUCGCAUAUUACUUGCUUUGUAAGUAACGAAUCGCAUGAUAACGAUUAAAAGAAUAUACAAUACA